AUGCCCACCCUUCCUCUGGUUUUGGUAUUAUUCAUUUCUCUACUACUUACGAUGGGUACCAAGUUCAACAUUUUUCGACAUUUCAAGUCUAUCAAAGACACAGUCGAGAGCAAAGUCAUCGAGAGGGCCGAGAGUACCACGGCCGAGAACAAUAUGGCUGAGAGCACUGUCACUAAGAACACAGUCACCGAGACUCAGACAAGCGAGAUGCAAACCUCCGAGAAACUCUCAACUUACGAAGAAACCGAAAGGUCUUAUAUGAAACUUUACAACAUGAUGAAGUAUUGGAAUCUGAACUCCUUCCUUGGCUUUGGCUUUGUUCGAUUCUCAAAUCUAUAUCAAGAAGAGAACCUGGCUAUCGACUCUCAGCUGAGCAAAAUGCAGUCGGAAAACCCCCCAAGUUAUGAAGAGACCACGCAAAGCUCCAAGGCCAUCGAAAAAAUAUUCAUCAGUCAACUUGAAAAGGCACCGGAUUACAAGGGCUUGCUACAUGUCCUCUUGUCAGAUAAUGGAUUAAGCCCCGACUACAAAUGCAAAGCUAUGGAAAAGGCAGAUAAAAUCCGAGCCAUCGACCACGAGAAAAAUACUAUAUUACUUGAAGAUGCACUUUGGCUUCAGGGCUCUCAUAAGCUUGCUCAGUCAGUGUCCUAUUAUUAUAACAUCGCACACGGCUCAAGUGACAAAAACUGGUGUAAAGCACUGAUUGAAGCUGAUAUUGAAGAGACACCAUUAGGAGUAGAUCGGCAAUACGAGGACUCGCAAGGCAAAGAACAUAUAUCGACUGGUAUCUUUCUGCAGAAUUACGCGAAGAUUGCGCGAGGCGAGGAGGUUGCUGUGGGCGGACCUGCGGAUGUUGCGAAAGACCACGAACGAUCUCUGGGCUUAACAUGGAAGGGAUGCAUAACCGAGGCCACUGUACUUCAGCAUGCUCCUGUUGUUUGA